UGUUUGACACUUUCCGCUUGAAAUGCAAUCGCAUUUCCCUCAGCGCCCCGGAAAACUGUUAACAACUUGGCACCAGAAUUUGUUUAAUGAUUCACGGCCCACAACAUUCCGCUCGAUCUAACACUAAUCCCGUCUAGAGCUGUUAAACUGGGCGAAUGUUAAGUCCGCGAUAGGAAAAGCUUUCGAGCUUUCAUAUCUGGUGUACCUAACUAUGGGCAACUGGGUCUGGUCUAAUCAGUUCGUGCGGCAAAGUGGAACGAAAUGGGUCACCUGCAGUUGGAUUUCCAUUCCAUACCGAAGCUCCAUGGCAAGGAGAACUAUUGGCAGUGGCGCAUCCUCCUGAAGACCUUUCUGGAGGCCAACGAUCUGUGGAAGCACAACGAACCCAAGGAGAGCCCAGAAACCAAAUUCCUGAUUUUGGCCAGCGUUACGGCCGAUAAGAUUGAGCCAUCCUACGAUGACCAAAGCUGUUCGUACAUUUUCCAAAACAUGGAGAGCAGAUUCGGGCCUUUUAGUUAAAAAUUUAAUAAAUAU